UGAACACGUUCGUCUGAUAGAAGAUAACAAAAAUCACGAAUAGAUAAGGCCUGUCUGAAUACCAAACGAACAGUUUAAGAUAUACGUUACGGAAAACAGGAGCCAAACUAUUUUGUCAUGAUGAAAAUUGCCGUGGUCUUGGCACUAGCAGUAUUAGUAUGCUAUGCAGUAGCUGAGAGAUGCAAUAACGUCACAGAAUGUGUGGGUACACAAUGCGUGACAACAGCAGGUCACGUUCAUAUUGAAUGUACAGAGCACCACUGCACGUGCUCAAAUGACCCGCAACCAUGUAUUACUGCCAACGACUGUCUGAAAGUUAGAUGCAUUGACAAGGAUGCACAUACGACUAAUUUUCACUGUUUAGACGGAAAAUGCAUUUGCCUGAGAACGUAAUGUCGACUUGCAUUAAGCAUAUUAUUUUUGAUAUGGAGUAAAGACUUGCAUAAAACGUG